UUGGAGGAUCAUUAGCUAUGCAAAUUUAAGCGGUUCAUUCAUGACUUUUUUUUUAGGAGGGAGGGAAAAAAAUUCUAAAAGCCAUUUUGUGUUCUCGUUUUUUUGUUUGUGCUUUUUUUUAAGGCUGCUUGGAGGCUGCAUCUGGAGGAAAUCUCAAAAGUCCAAUGUCCAGAAAACAACAACAGCAUUUUUUGAAAAAAUAAUACUCCUCUAAAGGCUGCAGAAUGGACGGAUUUUAUGACCAGCAAGUGCCUUACAUGGUCACCAAUCAUCCCUGUGGGAGAAACUGUAAUGAGCGACCAACAAAUGUCAGGAAAAGAAAAUUCAUUAACAGAGAUCUGGCUCAUGAUUCAGAAGAACUGUUUCAAGAUCUGAGCCAAUUACAGGAGACAUGGCUUGCAGAAGCUCAGGUACCUGACAAUGAUGAGCAGUUUGUACCAGACUACCAGGCCGAGAGUUUGGCUUUCCAUGGACUCCCAGUGAAAAUCAAGAAGGAACCCCACAGUCCAUGUUCUGAACUCAGCUCAGCGUGUAGUCAAGACCAACCGUUCAAAUUCAGUUAUGGAGAAAAGUGCCUGUACAAUGUCAGUGCCUAUGAUCAGAAGCCACAAGUGGGAAUGAGGCCCUCCAACCCACCAACUCCAUCAAGCACUCCAGUUUCGCCACUGCAUCAUGCAUCUCCAAACUCGGCCCAGAAUCCUAAACCUGACCGGGUUUUUCCUGCUCACAUGCCUCCAUCCCAGCCCAUUCCAGACAACAGCUUUCCUAUGGACCACAGAUUUCGCCGUCAGCUUUCGGAACCUUGCAAUGCAUUCCCUCCUAUGCCUGCCAUGCCGAGGGAAGGACGCCCCAUGUACCAACGGCAGAUGUCUGAGCCAAACAUCCCUUUUCCACCACAAGGGUUUAAGCAGGAGUACCACGAUCCAGUCUAUGAACACAAUGCCAUGGUUGGCAAUUCCGUCGCUCAAAACUUCCCCCCUCCUCUGAUGAUUAAACAAGAGCCUAGAGAUUUUGCAUAUGACUCAGAAGUGCCUAGCUGCCAUUCCAUUUAUAUGAGGCAAGAGGGCUUCCUGGCUCACCCAAACAGAACAGAAGGUUGCAUGUAUGAAAAGGGACCAAGACAGUUCUAUGAUGACACUUGUGUUGUUCCAGAGAAGUUUGAUGGUGAUAUCAAGCAAGAGCCAGGAAUGUACCGUGAGGGGCCCACAUACCAGCGGCGGGGCUCUCUUCAGCUCUGGCAGUUCUUGGUUGCCCUUCUGGAUGAUCCUUCAAAUUCCCACUUCAUUGCCUGGACUGGCCGAGGCAUGGAAUUCAAGUUGAUUGAACCGGAGGAGGUGGCACGUCGCUGGGGAAUUCAGAAAAACAGGCCAGCCAUGAACUAUGAUAAACUUAGUCGCUCACUUCGCUAUUAUUAUGAGAAGGGAAUCAUGCAGCAGGUUGCUGGAGAGAGAUAUGUCUACAAGUUUGUUUGCGACCCCGAAGCCCUCUUCUCCAUGGCUUUUCCAGACAACCAGCGGCCCUUGCUGAAGACUGACAUGGAGCGCCAUAUCAACGAAGAGGACACCGUUCCUCUCUCCCACUUUGACGAGAACAUGGUCUACAUGCAGGAAGGAGGCUGCUGCAACACCCACCCUUACAACGAAGGCUAUGUGUAUUAACUGCAGUGACACUAAAGAAGCUCCCUCUCUCCUGCCCCACUCCCCAAGCUUCUCCUCUUUCAUGAGACCAGGAGGAAAGCUGGAUCCCCUUCAGUUGGUUUUGUAGAAAAAUAAAAUAAAAUAAAAUUUAAAUUUAAAAAAAUCUAUUGAAAAAAGGAAAAGAAAAAGAGAGAAUAAACUAGUUCUCUAAAGGGGCUUCUCCUGUUGCAUUACUCCUAUGGUCUACCAUGGACAGUGCACUUUAUUUGAAAGGGGAAGAUUGGGGUCUAAUGAUUUAUUCUGUGGAAUGAGAAGAAAAGGGUGGGUCUGCUUUUUUUCCCCCCUUCCUUUUUCACUUUAUUAGUUGGGAAUGGAACAUACAGGUUUUUGAGUACAAAUGAAGCUGUAUCAUGUCUGGGUUUUGUUUCAUAUUGGCUUAAAAGAUAUUGUACGUGUUCUCUGGGUAUCCUUAGUACAGUUAAUUCUCAAUAUGAUGAAUAACAAGUUGUUACUUCUUGGGGUGUUGUCAGAGUUACUUGUCACACCCUAUCCUGCUUUUUUGGAUUUAAAAAGGACAUAGGGAGAUACCAAGUCAGAACUUUGAUCCAUUCUGUUCCAUCAUGUCCACACUAAGCAAGGUGGCUCCCCUGGAUUUCAGAGAGAAGUCUUUCCUACCCAUACCUGGAUAUACCAGGAAUUAUACCUGGAAAUUAGGGAUGGUGAAAAUUAUGUUCCAAUUAAUUUUUUGUAAGAAUUUACCAACAUUUUCGCAGUCUUCAUACUAUAGGAGGAAAGAAGGAACGUGGGAGCUACCGGAAUGGAGUUGUCCAUCUGAGCCCAGGGCUUUGAAUGCUUACAUCUGAAAAGUCUGGGUUUUGAAUCUAUAUAUAUUCAGCCAUGUUUGUGCUGCAUUUGCUACCUCUUUUCCCCCUUGUCUUUAAAAUCUAUAUAGCAUGGACAUACAGCAUGGUUUUCCCUAGAGUGGGAAUAGCUUUCCUUUUUGAAUUUAGCCAGUGCAAAUGGGAUAUAAUUAUCAUUAAGUUUUCCUUCAGAGAAUUUAUUACGAAAUGUAUGCAAGGACAGAAAAUACUGGCAGUUCUAAGCAAAUACAAAUGCAGGAAAAAGCAAAAUGGGCAGGAGUUUCCCAUCCCUACCUGAAACCUUAUGUGUGAACACAGUAAACUGCCUUAUAGUACGUCAGAACCUUGUUCCAUUCAGCCCAGUAUUGUCAACUCUGACUGGCAGAAACUACUCCAGGGUUCCAUAUAGGAUUCUUUCCGAGUCCUACCUAGAUGUCUGAAGAAUUCUUUGGUCAUCUCUCCCAUCCAAGUACUCACCAGGCCUGAUCCUCCCUAGCUUGUGAGAUCAGUUGGAAUUAUUCUGUUUCAGGUGAUCUGGUUGAAUAACAAACCUGUGCUAAACCAUGCUUUUGACUAGUAAUAGAAGUUGUAGGAUUCAGUGGGAGCUUGGCAUACCAAUAGAUCUUUCUGAUUUUGCUUUAGAAACUGUCCCGCCCGCCCCCCCCAAUUCUAGUUUUAUUCCUCCCUCUCUCUUUUAAUGUUUUUUUCUUUUACUCUCUUCCAUGCUGCCUUGGGUUUUGCAAUGGAUCAUUGAGGAAGGCAAUCAUUGUAGACCGAAGAACACAGUUCCUGGCUUGAAACUACGAACUGCAGGGUUAUAGCUUCCCCCCCCCAAAAAAAAACCCUGGUGCCAUCUUGCUAUGCAAGGAGAGCACUUUUGAUCUUUGUAGACCUUCUAGUAUCCACCUGAGUAUAAUAAUUACAUGGGCUGAACAAUUUUUAAUAACAUUUCAGCAUUAAAUACAGGAUUGUGAUCACAGAAGAUAAGACAUAUUGCAUCCUUCCAUUUGCUUUGGUGCAUAAAUAAGUUAUUUAAUCAAUAGGAAUUAAUUGUACUACUUCUCAUAUCUCAUGAUGCUGUUUAGACUACAGCACACACUCCUCAAAACAAAAUAUCCAAUACACAAAAUAGGUACUUCAGUAAUUUUUAGACAUGGUACCCAUUAAUAUGCAUUUAAACCUUUUACUGCUGUGUUAUGUUUAUAAACAUAUAUACAUACUAGGUAAUGCUAAUGCUUCUGCUGCUGUCUUUUUUUCUGUAAUAUUCUCUUUGCUGAAUUUACUAUGCCCAUUUAUAAGCAAUGCUGUAAUUACAGGUAGCAUUUCAGGACAAAAUAGAUGACUUGAACCAUUUAUUGCUUAGAAAAAAUAGCUUAUUUCACAGCUGUGCUAUAAGCAGCUUUUGCGCGCAUCAAGAAAUGAACAGUAAGCCUGAGCUUGCUAAGAGGAGCUCUGCAGAACUUUUUAUAACUUUCAGUGGAGCAGAGACUUACACAAUCCGUCAGAGAAUACAAUGAAUUUGCUGUAUAAUGUUGUAGUGCUGGCACUGAUGCUUAUCAAUCCACUUUGUUUUGGACACUAAAUGUAAAUGUGAUCAGAUAAGGUUUGGGAAACCAUUUCAAAGUACUUUUUUUAAUUUACUUUUAAAAAUUGUUUUUAUUUUUUAAUUUUGAGAAAGGUAAUGUGGAAAGCAAGACACACAACUUAUUCUGCAUAUAAAAUUAAAAGAGCAAAGAAGUUUUAAAUAUUUAUGAACACCUUUUCUUGGAAACAUUGAGUUCCCUAGUUUGAAAAGGAUAGAAAUGAGGUUUGAGCUGUCCAGUGAGUAUUUUAAACAGUUACUCUUCGUAAUAGCCUACACACGCACACACACACUUUCUUUGACAAAUGCUAUCAACUCUGGAAGAAGGAAAGUGGGAAUAGGAGUCUAUAAUCAUUAGCCCCAGAAAUAAAUGUUUCAUUGUAAAUGACAUCAUAUCAAAGAUGCCUUGAGGUGGUGAUUUACUUUGCUCUCAGUGUCAAUCAAGAAACCAGUGAAGUUACGAAUGAUUUAUUAUGCAAUUCAUUUCAAAUUAAUGAGUGUUAGCCACUAAAAACCACACAGCUGUAGAAAAGCACACUGGUAUGCAUCCGUAAUACACCAGAAGUGUAAGAUAACUUCAUAGGUGAAUGUGUAUAAAUUUAAAGCAUGCUACCCUACAAAAACCUUAAUGGUGGAAAGCCCUUCAUCUUGUUCCUGCCACUAAUUAGUUCGAAUACACAGUUGCCCAGUAAGUGUGCAGAAUAAAAACACACUGAUAAUAAAAACACAAGUGGUUUGAAACGGUUUCUAGAGAAACUGAGGGUUGAUUUAAUCUUGCCUUUUGGUAGGAUUGGAUACCAAUCUUUAUUCAUUUAAUUUUUCAUAUUAUAAUCACGUACUUACAAAUUUUGAAUGCUAGGGAAAAAAAACUGCCAGUGUAACCCAUCCCCCAGAGAUGGGUGAGUUUUGAUUCAGUUGGCAUCCUUUCCAAAUGAGACAUGCAUGGUUAAUAAAUCCUCUUGUCUUUAAGCAGGGUGUGUGAGUUUGACUUUUCAUGUUAAAAGGCCAAUGAAGGGAAUUGGAAGAAACCCAUUUCUUUCUGGACAUUGUGAUAGAUGACUGGUUUCCCAUCCCUCUGUUGAUGCCCCUUUUGCAAAUAAAGUCUUUUAUCCACACACUUGGCUUUAUAACCAAAUGUGAGCCGGCACUUGCUUUGGUCCUGGGAUUUCUUUCCACUCAAUUCCUGACUAAUGCCUCCUAUCCGUUGAAUAUGUAUUUGGAAUCUCCUGCAACAACCAUGCAUCCUUUAGCAGGCAAGUUGAUAUGGAAACUGUUCCACGUGGGGUGAAAAAAUAUAUUCAAACCUACUGCUGUAUGCGUAGGGAAAAAAAAGGAAGGAUUGGGGAAAUCCAGAUGAAGACAACUGCAUGGUCCCCCCCCGCCCGCCAUUGAAAUAGGAGUCCUGAUAAUAUGACCCCCUUCACUGAAAAUGUCAGCAAUUGCUUUCGGUUCACAAAUGUUGACGAGUUUCUCGUCAGGGCAAGAUGUAUAUUUGGUGAAUGAUGUGGGUGAUUUUAAAAAGAAUCUGCUUCAAAUGUCUAAAUAAUAUUUUUUAAGAAAUUAUAUAUACUGUAUAAGGUAGUGAUUCACUGAACAAAAUAGGCAGUUCACCCACCGUUGAAUAAAUUCCCGAGGAGAAAAAAAAUGGUACAAGAAAUUGUUAUAUGGAAUUGAUUAACCCUUUUGAAACUGUACCUUUUUAAAGAGUUUAUUUUAAAUUCUGUUCUUAUUUCACAUUUUUCCAGGUAGAUAAAUAAAUCUGGC